AAGCCGGUUAAAAUGGGGUUUAUAAUAGCAAAAAAAUUGCCCCAGCCUCCUGCAGUCCUGUGGUCGCACGGUCCUUCACUCCUGCGUCCUGUGCCUCGGUGCCUCCCAGACCCAGGCGGCCAGGAUCCCAGCCUCCCAGGUCCCCGGUGGCGGCAGCAGCCUCCCAGUCCCAGAUGGCCACCAGUUCUAAACCCUAGCCGCCAAACCAACACGAGCAGCUGUCGCCCUCCAGGCCGGCCGAGCGGGGCGCCGGGCACCGUCGCGCCGAGCUGAGCGGAGAGUGGAGCACCUGCACCGAGCGGCCAGCGGUGCGCCGACGCGCCGUGCGCCGAGCACCUGAGUGGCCAGCGGGGCGCCCAGCACUCGUCUAGUCGUCUUCUCUGAUUGUGAUGUCAACUCCCAACGAAAAUUAUUAUUUGAUGUUGUUGGAAUGUUAAAUUGUGAUAAAUUUCUGUUAGAAUGCUGCUGAAAUGUUGUUGUAAUUUUAGUGGGCGGGCGGAUAACAGAUAUCUGUUGGAUAACGGAUAUCCGGCGGGUACAGGUACGGAUAUAGAUCCGUAUCCACAAGCGUAAAUGGGUAUGGGUAUGUGUAUGUGUAUGGAUUGGGUUUACCUCGCGGGUAUGGAUACGCGAAACAUAUAUCCGCGUUCUACCCGCCCGAUUGCCAUCCCUAACAAUACAGGAGAAGAGAAUGGGCUUGCGCUAGGCUGAUUAAGCCUUGUGAAAACUCUGUGACAUAAGCUAGGCAGCGACAGGGGCGGAUUUGGGCCGCAACGCCAUGGACCGGGGCGUGGUCCAUAUACAGAGAUAUAGUUUGGGGUUAUGGUUCAGAAAUCUAAAAAAAAGAGCGAUACUAGACAUUUUUUAGUAGCACUCACUUAUAUACGUGUAUCAGACCGUUUGGGCCGAUUUGGAUACAGCCCAUGAAAGGAGAACAGCCCAACUUACCUCUCGCUUCAUGCGUGAGCGUGACGUUGACGGCGUAGGCUAGCGCCUAGCGCUAGACCCGCCCGCGGCCCGCCGCACCCUCGCAGUCCCGACUCCUGCACAACGACGCUGUCGAGCCUGCCUGGCGAGUGUUGUCCGGCGGCCGGCAACGGGGAAGAGAGCGUCCGACGGCGACGCACUCGAGCGGCACCCCUCCCAACUCGCUCCCUCCUCGGCCCCUGCAGCCCUGCUCCGUGGCGCGCAUCACUGGGCGGCUCGCCGUACAAUCAGCGAGCGGGUGGCGGCUACCUCCAUACUAGCAAGACUCAAUCGGCGAAGUGAGUCAGUCACUAAUCCUGGGCGUGCCUGCCAAUGAGCAAGAAGAGGAAGCAUCUGGAUCCAGCGAACUCGUUGAAAGACAGCGAACAAGUAGUCGCCUCAGAUUUCAUAAGAGGAGACGAUCUUGAUGACCUAUUAUCGAAGCUUAUCAGGAGUGUGGAGAUUGCCAAGGCUUCAAGGGGAGGCUUACCAGAAAAGAUAUGGAUGAAGCAACAAUUUGCUAUCGGCGUCAAUGAUGUCACAAGGGUUCUUGAGCGAAUGCCGCAUUCUGUCACUGCUCAUCCUGCUCAAAUGUCUAAUGAAGCACCAACUGUCUCAGGCCGACGUCAAGCUCCUUUGGUGCCAUUGCAGGCUGUCCUUGUAGCUGCCGACUGCAAUCCCAAAUGGUUAACAAAACACAUACCAACACUAGCGUCUACAAGGCAGGUACCGGUAUUGUGCGUGAAGGACAACAAGGGAGGCUCAGUAAGGUUAGGCCAUGUGGUGAAUGUCAGAACAGCCCUUGCCAUUGGAGUAAAGGCCAAAGAUAGCGUUCUCAACAAGACCAUUGAUGAGUUCCUGAAAGACAGUAAACUGGUUGCCAAUGAACCAUAAAGUAACCCCAAGUCUAGUGACACGUUUGUACUAAAAAGCCUGUACUUCCGGGCAUGCAACAUCCCAGGAUCAUCUCAUAAAUGGGUUUAAGUUUGAGAAGGGGGUCAAGUAUCUUGAGCAGAUUGUGGCAAUAUCAAUUUGGAGGGACUUCUUGAGAGAACAGUCAUGGGAAAUAGGACAGACUAUUUGUUUGGUCCGUGCAAUAUUGUUUGACUGGUGAACCUAGUUAUCCAUUGUGAUCUAGAACUUGUAUCAAACUCCAAUGUAACGAGAUGUUAGGAUCCUUGUUUAUUGGGUACAGUUUUUUCUUCUUCUCGAGGCUCGACACCGGUACAUUAAUUUUUCUUGUUUUUUAUAUUCUAUAGUAUAUAUAAUAAUGUGAAAAGGCUUAUAUUGU